AUGAAUAAGCACAUUUACUGGGUUGAGUUACCUGCCCCAGUGUUCACCUUCCAGCGACACUGCGAAACUUGUGAAAGAGAAGAGAAGAACUCUCCCGUAAAGAUAACAGUAUCAACAACCCCUGACGGAGCAAUGCAUAUCAGCGAUAGUGUGUCAACUGCCGGACAUCGGCGUGGGACAUCGGCCUUGCUCUUAGUAACUGUCACCAUCUUGAUGCUGAUGGUUCAAACCGGUCACUCGCAAAGUGUCAUCGCAGAUUGCGAUACGAGUAAAUGUCAGCCCUUGUCAAACGUUUCGGAAGUGUCGCUAGAACCGGGUCAGCGGAUACGUCGCGAAUUGGACCCAUGCUGCGAGAUCCUUCGACUGUACUGUGACACUAGCGCAUGUCCACCACCGAUCGAGUUCUGCGAUGAGAAUCGAACUAUUCGCCCUAGGACCGUUGCCGGCACAUGCUGCACACUGCAGCGCUGUGAAAACGUUUGUGAGGUAUACGCCGACGGUGAGAUUACGACGAGAUCGAUCGGUGAGAAGUGGUUUAACAUGGUAAACGAAACCACCUGCAUGAACUACGAAUGUUUGCGGAACGAGGCGAACGACACGUUCAUCAACUCUAUCGGAAUAGAGUGUAACACCGUCUGCCCGGAGGGUUUUGAGCCUCAGAUCUCGAACCAACAUUGCUGCCCUCAGUGCGUUCAGGCGCGGUGCAAGUUCGAUGAUCAGUUCUACCGCGAGGGACAAUCGUGGACAAGUCCUGACGGGUGUCUGCUUUAUCGGUGCAUCAAGGAGAGUGGUUUCCUUUCGAUCAGCUCGAGCCGUAAGCAGUGCCCACCGGUAGGAAAUUGUCCCGGUCAGUACGUGAUCGAGCGUGACUGCUGCAGGGUGUGUAAUUACACCGAAUCGAAGAUGGUACCGGGUUCGACGACAGUGCCCUCCACCGAGCAGGAGGAAGGUGCUGAUUUUUACGAGGAACAGAGCUACAGCAAUCAUCCCUGCAAGCGGGUCUGCACGCUGGGGCGUAAGCCGGAAACUUGCUACUACCGCUUCCGGCUCGAGUGGUAUCGUACGCUGAGUAAGGCCUGUUACAACUGUCCGUAUAAUGCGACCGAUUGCAAUCGGCCGCACUGCAUCGCAGGGGACGGUGUGCGACGGAACGUGGCUGUUAUUAAUCGCAUGAUGCCGGGUCCGGCUAUUGAGGUGUGCGAGAACGACAUCAUCGUGGUGGACGUGGAGAAUCAUCUGAUGGGCGAAAGCACCACCAUCCACUGGCACGGUUUGCAUCAACGGCGCACCCCGUACAUGGACGGUGUACCGCACGUUUCGCAGUGUCCCAUUAGCCCGGGGACCACUUUCCGGUACACGUUCCGGGCCGAUAAUCCGGGCACGCAUUUCUGGCACUCGCACACCGGGAUGCAGCGUGGCGAUGGAGCGUUCGGGGCAUUGAUCAUUCGGAAGGACAACGACAUACAUGAACUGCUGUACGAUCAGGAUCUGUCCGAGCAUGUGAUUACGGUGCAGGAUUGGGGCCAUGAGCAGGGUGUGUCGCUGUUUGCCGCCCAUCAUCACUCGACUGGUGACAAUAAACCGCCGAACUUGUUGAUUAAUGGGCGAGGCAAAUAUUUCCAGCGGUUUGCAAAGACAACACCUUUGCCGACAACGCAAGCUCCGAUGCUGGAUGUGGGUCUGGACGGCAAUCUUCCCGUGGCCACCCAACCGGAAUCGGUUGCAAUGGAAGAUACCGAAGAAACGACGGUUGCAGAUGACUUCCGGACGACUACGGACCCGAUCGAAGCCACGCCGGACGAUGUGGAGUUGCUGCAGGGUAGCAGCAACACCAACCUGAAGACUGUGCUUCGGUCAGAGGAUGUGCUACGUCGCACCAAGCGACAAUCGCGCACCGUCAACUUCAAUGCGGUCGUUGUGCCGGAAUCACAGCACGUUCCGCUGAGCGUGUUCUACGUUGACAAGGGCCGUCGGUAUCGGUUCCGGCUGAUUAAUGCCGAGUUCCUCAACUGUCCGGUGGAGUUGUCCAUCGAGAAUCACAACCUGACCGUAAUCGCGUCGGAUGGGUUCGGCAUACAGCCGCUGGAAGACUUGGGAUCGUUCGUGAGCUACGCUGGCGAACGGUUCGACUUCGUAGUCAAAGCCAACCAACCGGUCGGCAACUAUCUGAUGCGCUUCCGCGGACUGAUGGAUUGCGAUGAGCGGUUUACCUCGGCGUACCAGUUCGCGGUGUUGCGGUAUCGGGGAGCACCGGAAGAAACCGAGUACGUGUCGUGGCCACCGUACGAUUACGAGGCACCGGGCGUGCAACUUAACUCACUGAACCGCGGACCGGGCGCAGAGGACGUCAUCACAAUCUCCGAAACGAACGCACUGGAUCAGGAAGAUUUGUUGCUGCUGCGCAACGAGACCGAUUACAAGUUCUACGUGUAUUACGACUUUUACGGCAAAGACAAUCCUCACUUCCACGUACCGGCGCUGUACGGUUUCCAGCAGGUGAUCAACAACACGAACCGGCUGUAUACCCCGCAGCUGAAUCACAUCUCCAUGCGCAUGCCAACCGUACCAUUCUUGCCCGGUAAGGAUGUACUGGACGAGAGCCAGUUUUGCAACGAGACGAGCCUGCGCGAUCGCAACUGUCGGCAGGAGUUCUGCGAGUGCAGCCACGUGAUCCAGAUACCGCUGCACGCUACGGUGGAGAUGGUGAUGAUCGACGAGGGUUACACGUUCGAUGCGAACCAUCCAUUUCACCUGCACGGCCAUGCGUUCCGCGUGGUCGGGAUGGACCGGGUGAGUCGCAACACGACGGUGCAGGACAUUCGUCGAAUGGACGAGGAAGGCCGGUUGCCGAGAAGGCUUAAGAAAGCUCCGAUCAAGGAUACGGUGACUAUUCCCGACGGCGGCUACACAAUCAUUCGGUUCAUCGCGAACAAUCCGGGCUACUGGUUGUUCCACUGUCAUAUUGAGUUCCAUGCCGAGAUCGGAAUGUCGCUGGUGCUGAAGGUAGGUGACCGAUCGGAGAUGCUGCCGGCUCCCGCCAAUUUCCCGACGUGCUACGACUUUAAACCCAACCUCGGCCAGAUCGGCAGCGGGACGGGCUCUACAACCACCACUGCUCUAUGGCUGCUUCUGCUGGUGUCAGCGGUGCAGACGGUGCACCGACUCCUAUAA